GAUUCACGGUGAGCCUGCUGGUCGCGGGUUAGCGAGGCGGACAGGAGAGGGAUCCGUGGCUGAAUGGUUUGGGGAGGGACGAGUGGGUUUAGCAGCUGUGGCUUCCGAGGACCCCACCUAGACCGGUCUUAGCAGGGCUGUGGGGAGGAGCUCCUCGUCCCCGCCCAGGACCAGCUGGUGGGGGCGCUGGCUGCCUGGAAAGCCUUUUCUUCCACUUGGGGCUUUAACAAAUGAAAGCUGGAAGAACAGAUGUUUUGGAAGUUCUUUCGCGUUCCAGAAUAGUUUUUUUUGUGCGUUCCCCAAGCCAAGCCGUCUAUCAGUCUGACCGUGGCCGCCUUUUUUCCCUUUCUGUGAACUGGAGGUCCGAACGCAAGGCUCACUGAUGGGAAUACGCCCAAGGUGUUGGAAACCUGUGGGAAGCCGAACCUCAUUAGAAGUGUUGGGUAGAAUCAAAUCCAAGGGAAGAAAUAGUCCCCUCGGGCUUUGUUCGGGCUAGAACACACACACAGAAUAGGGAUCUGCUCAGGUUUAGAAAAACAGUCUUAAAGAACCAUGUAUAAAUAAGAGUGUCAGGACAAAGUUGAUUUGGGCCAGGCGCGGUGGCUCACGCCUGUAAUCCCAGCAGUUCGGGAGGCCGAGGCCGGCGGAUCACUUGAGGUCAGGAGUUCGAGACCAGCCUGGCCAAACCCUGUCCCCACGAAAAAUACAAAAAUUAGCUGGGUGUGGUGGCGCGCGCCUGUAAUUCCAGCUACUCAGGAGGCUCGCUUGAACCCAGCAGGCGGAGGUUGCAGUGAGCCGAGAUCACGCCACUGCACUCCAGCCUGGGCGACAGAGCGACACUUGGUCUCACAAAAAAAAAAAGAGAACGUUGAUUUGAUGGGUGAGGUACUUGGAAACCCACGAAAUCUAAGGAACAGUUGAGCUGUGGAGAGGAAAAGAGUUAAGAGGCAAGACAACUGUUUUCAAGUGUUGGAAGGCUGCUAUGGAGAAAUAGAGACGGGGUUUCACCGUGUUAGCCAGAAUGGUCUCGAUCUCCUGACCUCGUGAUCUGCCCGCCUCGGGCCUCCCAAAGUGCUGGAAUUACAGGCGUGAGCCACCGCGCCGGGCCCCCUAGGGAUUUUCAGCUGGAUGUGGUGAUGCACACCUGUAGUCCUGGCUACUUUGGAGGCUGAGGUGAGAGGAUCGCUUGAGGCCAGGAGUUCAACGCUGCAGUGAGCUAUCAUGGCACCACUACACGCCAGCCUGGGCAACAAAGUUUAACUUGUGGCCCUAAAGAACUGGAAACCCAAAGGAACGAAUAUUCCUGCCCCACAGAGUCCCAUCUUUAGUGAGGCUGUUUCUGGAGUUUACAUGAUGACCAAGGUACUAGGCAUGGCCCCAGUUCUGGGCCCUAGGCCUCCACAGGAGCAGGUGGGGCCUCUGAUGGUAAAAGUCGAGGAGAAAGAAGAGAAAGGCAAGUACCUUCCUAGCCUGGAGAUGUUCCGCCAGCGCUUCAGGCAGUUUGGGUACCAUGAUACCCCUGGACCCCGAGAGGCCCUGAGCCAACUCCGGGUGCUCUGCUGUGAGUGGCUGAGGCCCGAGAUCCACACCAAGGAGCAGAUCCUGGAGCUACUGGUGCUGGAGCAGUUCCUGACCAUCCUGCCCCAGGAGCUCCAGGCCUGGGUGCAGGAGCAUUGCCCGGAGAGCGCUGAAGAGGCUGUCACUCUCCUCGAAGAUCUGGAGCGGGAACUGGAUGAGCCAGGACACCAGGUCUCAACUCCUCCAAACGAACAGAAACCGGUGUGGGAGAAGAUAUCCUCCUCAGGAACUGCAAAGGAAUCCCCAAGCAGCAUGCAGCCACAGCCCUUGGAGACCAGUCACAACUACGAGUCUUGGGGGCCCCUGUACAUCCAAGAGUCUGGUGAGGAGCAGGAGUUCGCUCAAGAUCCAAGAAAGGUCCGAGAUUGCAGAUUGAGUACCCAGCACGAGGAAUCAGCAGAUGAGCAGAAAGGUUCUGAAGCAGAGGGGCUCAAAGAGGAUAUAAUUUCUGUGAUUAUCGCCAAUAAACCUGAGGCCAGCUUAGAGAGGCAGUGCGUAAACCUUGAAAAUGAAAAAGGAACAAAACCCCCUCUUCAAGAGGCAGGCUCCAAGAAAGGUAGAGAAUCAGUUCCUACUAAACCUACCCCAGGAGAGAGACGUUAUAUAUGUGCUGAAUGUGGCAAAGCCUUUAGUAAUAGCUCAAAUCUCACCAAACACAGGAGAACACACACUGGGGAGAAACCUUACGUGUGCACCAAGUGUGGGAAAGCUUUCAGCCACAGCUCAAACCUCACCCUCCACUACAGAACACACUUGGUGGACCGGCCCUAUGACUGUAAGUGUGGAAAAGCUUUUGGGCAGAGCUCAGACCUUCUUAAACAUCAGAGAAUGCACACAGAAGAGGCGCCAUAUCAGUGCAAAGAUUGUGGCAAGGCUUUCAGCGGGAAAGGCAGCCUCAUUCGUCACUAUCGGAUCCACACUGGGGAGAAGCCUUAUCAGUGUAACGAAUGUGGGAAGAGCUUCAGUCAGCAUGCGGGCCUCAGCUCCCACCAGAGACUCCACACCGGAGAGAAGCCAUAUAAGUGUAAGGAGUGUGGGAAAGCCUUCAACCACAGCUCCAACUUCAAUAAACACCACAGAAUCCACACCGGGGAAAAGCCCUACUGGUGUCAUCACUGUGGAAAGACCUUCUGUAGCAAGUCCAAUCUUUCCAAACAUCAGCGAGUCCACACUGGAGAGGGAGAAGCACCGUAACUUUCAAGCGCUCCUGUUGUCGUUGUUUUAAACUUUAUAAUCUGAAAACCAGAAAGAAGUCUUGUCAUUGCAGCAGCAUCGAUUCCGGUGAUAGAGUUUGUAUCACUCAACAUCAGGGGAUGCCUGAGGAGUGCGAGCUCCACAGCAACAUGGCAGGCAGGAGGUCCUCAGAAGGUGUCAGGAGGUUCCACACUCGCCAGUUCACUGGAGCAGAGUCCCUUCCCCACACUUAGGGUCCCAGUAAGCCAUGCCAGCAUUACCUUUUGCGUAGUUAAACUGACGUGUAUUCAGUCUAGUUAAGGAAGAAACAUUAAGACUGUUUAAUUUUUAACAUAUAUUCAAUAAUUUUAAUUUGUAAAGAAUUGAGCCACAUUGAACACAAUUGAAUGAGAUUCAGAAUAAACUUAUCUUGUAAUGCCUCAGGACUAUUAUUAUAACAAA